AGCAAAGACGAUCCAUUCAAAUCGUUCCCUUCCGCGAAGGACAGUCUCCGAAUAACUUGAACCGAACAUACGAGAUUCUCCCGCCAUUCAACACCACACAUCCAACAAUGACUAAAUACGCUGAACGCAUGAUCCCCCAGAUCUCCCUUACCAACUUUGACAAACGCAUCGACGAAAUCACCCAGCAAAUAUGCGCGGCUGCUGAGAAUGUCGGCUUCUUCGCCAUUGUCGAUCACGGUAUUCCCCAAGCCGAGGUCGACGCCAUGUUUGUCACCUCUGAAGCCUUCUUUUCACUAUCCGAAGAGGCCAAGCGCAGUGUCCCUUGGAACCCCCAGAAUGUGGGAUACGAGUGUCGCUCCCAGAUCCGACCCUCAACUGGUGAACCUGACCAGAAAGAGUCGUAUCAGCUCCAGUUUGGAGAAAACAUGCAGGGCAUGUGGAUCUCGGAUGACUACGCCCCGGGUUUCGAAACGAAGGCUCUCGAAUUCAUGCAUACUCUCCAGCAUGUGUCUGAGAAAUUGAUGAUUUGUUUUGCAAGAGGAUUAGGGUUCCCGGAUGAUUUCUUCAUCAAAGCACACGACAUCACCAAAUCCAACUGCCAGUCGGUCCUUCGGCUGCUACACUACUUCGAAACCCCCAAGCAAAAUGACGGCACAACCUACCAUCGUGCCGGAGCCCAUGCAGAUUGGGACUUUUUGACGCUGCUUUUCCAGCGAGGAGAGCAGUCCGGACUAGAAAUAUGCCCUGGUCGGGAGGUGGUCACAGAUUGGGCGUCUGGUGAUGCUUGGACAAAGGUUGUAUUUGAACCAGGAAGUAUCAUCUGUAAUAUUGGGGACCUUCUAAUGAGUUGGUCGGAUGACCGAUUCAAGAGCACUUUCCACCGCGUCAAGGCUCCUGAAGAAGAGGGAGAUUACUACGGUGAAAGGUACAGCAUUGCCUUCUUUAACCAGCCGUGUAAAGAUGCCUUGAUUCAAGGACCCAAGAAAAAGUAUCCCAUGGUGACGGGGGAGCAGUUUACGGCAAAUGCUAUGGAAUUGCAUUACAAAAGAUUGAAGCAGACACUAGAGGAGAAGCAAGGUUGAAUCAGGGAUCAGCAGAUGGAGCCGGAAGGGUAGCUGCAGUAGAAGGUUAAAUCGCAUACAGUAGCUCAUUUAAUUAAGA